AUGAAAUUGUCUGUUAGCAUCUUUUUGCUGAGCUGCUUCACUCUGCUGAGGCUUGGCUCAGCAAUUCGCUGUUACAGUUGUAAAGAUUACACAGCCAGUUGCUCCAAACAACGAGACUGUAGCUACGAUGACGCCUGUUUGACGCUCACAGAAAGAGGAGGGAUGACCUUCCGCCAGUGCCUCAAGUAUUCAGACUGCGAGUACAGCCGACUGGGACAGAUGUUUCCACAGGUUUCUAGUUUUACAUUUAAGUGCUGCAACUCCGAUUUGUGUAACUCCGCCCAUUCGACAGUAGCAAGUUCCCUGAUUGGUGUGCUAGCAUCAGUAGCCGCCACAUGGUGGGUGACCCACUAA